UUCACGUCUUUUCAUUUAUGGUUAGUGCAGAUGGAUAUUGAUGAAGAGAACACUGAGGCUAUGGAAAUGUCAACAUUCAAUCUAAGUGAUACGCAAGGUACAAUAAGUGCACCAAGUCCUUCAAAGAGAAAGGCUAAAGGUAUGCGAGUAGGUAAGAUACGUCAAAAGAGAUCCCGUGUUUGGACUUUAAACCAGGGCGGCUUCACUCCGAUGCACAUAGCGUCUGCGAACGGAUACUUGGACAUUGUGAAGGAGAAUCUUUGCCGCUUCGGAGCGGCAGUCUGCCAUCUCAGAGGAGGAAAACGUGACUUGACUCCUCUCCAUUGCGCUGCCAUCUGCGGCCGCGUUGAAAUACUGAAAGAAAUCAUCUCCGCUUGUCCUGAGAGCCUUGAAGACGUAACCUUAAGCGGAGAGACCGCCUUUCACCUUGCUGCUAAAAACAACCGAGUCGAAGCGAUUCAUGUUUUGGUGGAACUGACGGUCGACUCACCAAUGAUCACGGUAGACAUGAAGAGGAAGAUCCUUAACAUGAAGAACGUAACGGGGAAUUCAGUUCUUCACGUUGCCAUCACUGAACGGCGGCACGAGGUGGUGAGAUGCUUGGUUGGGAGUGGAGUUACGGAAUUAAAUGAUGUGAACGAGUGUGGUCUCACGGCUCUUGAUCUGGUGCUGCGUCUCCCCAAGAUUAGUAAAUCAUCGUACGCCGAGGAUAAGAAAGCGGAGGAUGUUCUUCGCAGCGGCGGAGCUUUGAGAGGGCGAGACUUGGCGGCAGUUAACUGGCUUUACAUGCCAUCAAAGGCAGAGGCCCGCCGUUCCGGGUUGCGAAAAAGAGUGACGCGGCUGGGUCAACUCUCGAUCGUUUAUUGA